AUGGAUGCACAGAAGCGUAUAUGUGGGAUCAAGGGUAAAAUCCUGUCCCCAUUUACACGCGCGCCUCUACCAGUCGUCGCAGUCGAACCGAAUGAGAAUAUGAGUACAAGUACAACAUGUCUUUUUCUUGAGAAGUCACCACGUGAUAAAGACGGACGCAUAUUAAUGUACGAUGAAAGCCACUGCAAGUUUGCAUAUCAAUGGGAUCAAUAUCCUAAACAAGGCUUAUUUGACCAUGACUGCCCGUGGAUUAAUGGCGAAUUUCCGAUGAUCAGAUCGAUCUCAUGGACAUCAAAUCCAACUAAGGAAGAACAAGAAAUUACCCAAAACGGCACGUUGGGUCCAGAUAUCAAUCUUGAUACAGAACAUACCGAAAUGGAAGCCGUCUCCAGGGAUAAGGUACGAUGCGAUGUGCACCAUAGGAAGCGCCAUGGCCCGCAAAUCAUCAAUAGUGCCAAGCUACCAUUGGAGCCAUUCGGCCUAAACUCCACUGCGAUUAUGCGAACCUGCCAACAGAUCGAAUACGAAUGUGCUCUCAUUCUUUAUGGGGAAAAUUCGUAUGCAUUCCACACCUAUCGAACAUCCAGGGACAAAGAUCUCAAAAAUUUACUAUUGGACAUUCCAGGUUUGGCAUUUGAUGGCGGAGUAGCUCACUUCCACAAGCUUACAAUUCAUGACAUUGCCGGAGAGGAGCCCGAGGAUGGAAUUCUUCGAGUGGUUGAUUUGGAUAAUGCUCAGACUGAGACUGAUGAGGAUAGGGUCGACGAGAUUGUCGGACGCGUUGUAGGAAGACUGCCUACACUUCAAAAUCUGCAGCUGGGUGAUUAUGUCAAAGUCCCACGCCCAGAGACAGACGAUGCGUGGGGGAAGUCUCUGCGAUGGAUGUCUUUCGUAGAGAAGAGACAUAGAGACCAGAUGAAGCAAGGCUGA